AUGAGAUUUCUACUGUUCCCUAAAGUAGUGGUGAAUAUUGUAGCAUGGUAUAAAAAACCAGCUAAAUCAACGAAACGCCUAAGCAAUCAAACCGAAGAAGGCAACCAUCUGGAUCCAUACAUCUAUAUAUCAACUAUUCGUGUUUCACUUUCCGAAACAUUAUUAAGCGAGCGAUGGAUGAAGCUUGUUGAGGACAAUGCAGGUAUUUGCAGUUACAUUGCUACUCUUCAACAAAUAUCUUCACUUAUUCAACUUCUAUCCGGUUAUGAUGAUGCUUCUAACAUCAUGGGGUAUGAUGUUGCACGUCCAGUUGUUCGACUGACUAGCAACUCUGUUCCAUACUUCCUAAUGAAUCUGUAA